UAAUUUUUUUUUUCAUUUUCAUCCAUGAAGUGCAUUACUUCUCUUUACAAAGCUUCAUCGCAAUGGCAUCACACUAAAACUUGGAGGCUACUAACUCGCCCGUUCGCCACCACACCGCCACCCGAAAAGACUCAAUUCGGCAACUUAAGCGACUCCGAUCGCAUAUUCACAAACCUAUAUGGUGUACACGACCCGUAUCUCAAAGGCGCCCGAAGGCGAGGUGAUUGGCAUAGAACCAAAGACCUUGUUCUCAAAGGCACGGAUUGGAUCGUGGAAGAGAUCAAGAAGUCGGGUUUACGUGGUCGUGGUGGGGCCGGGUUUCCGUCCGGGCUUAAAUGGUCGUUUAUGCCAAAAGUGUCUGACGGUCGACCCGCGUAUCUUGUAGUCAAUGCGGAUGAAAGCGAGCCCGGAACGUGUAAAGAUCGCGAAAUUAUGCGACAUGACCCGCAUAAGCUGUUGGAGGGUUGCUUAAUUGCGGGUGUCGGGAUGAGGGCGAGUGCCGCGUAUAUUUACAUUCGGGGUGAGUACGUUAACGAACGAAUUAGCCUCGACAAAGCGAGAGUCGAGGCUUACAAGGCCGGGUUGUUGGGGAAAAAUGCGUGUGGUUCGGGGUAUGAUUUUGAUGUUCAUAUACAUUACGGUGCAGGAGCGUAUAUUUGCGGUGAGGAAACCGCUCUUAUCGAAAGUCUUGAAGGGAAACAAGGAAAACCGCGGUUGAAACCGCCUUUUCCGGCAAAUACGGGUCUUUACGGAUGUCCGACGACGGUUACAAAUGUAGAAACGGUUGCGGUUGCUCCUACCAUUCUACGACGUGGGCCCGAAUGGUUCGCGGGGUUUGGGAGGAAAAACAAUUCGGGUACAAAGUUGUUUUGUGUGUCGGGCCAUGUUAACAAGCCGUGUACGGUGGAAGAGGAGAUGAGUAUACCGUUAAAGGAGUUGAUAGAGCGACAUUGCGGUGGUGUCCGGGGUGGUUGGGAUAAUUUACUAGCGAUUAUCCCCGGUGGUUCGUCAGUGCCUUUAAUUCCGAAGAGCGUGUGUGAUGAUGUAUUGAUGGAUUUCGAUGCGUUGAAAGACGUGCAAACCGGGUUGGGAACCGCAGCGGUUAUGGUCAUGGAUAAGUCAACGGAUAUUGUCGACGCGAUUGCCAGAUUAUCGUAUUUUUACAAGCACGAGAGUUGUGGUCAAUGUACACCGUGUCGGGAGGGUACAACAUGGUUGUGGAUGGUUAUGGAGAGAUUGAAAGUCGGGAAUGCGAAGUUGGAGGAAAUCGAUAUGCUACAAGAGAUAACGAAACAGAUCGAAGGGCACACGAUUUGCGCGUUGGGUGACGCCGCGGCUUGGCCGGUUCAGGGUCUAAUUCGGCACUUUAGGCCCGAGCUCGAGAGGCGGAUCAAGGACCGUGUUCAUAGAGAGCUAGCACAAGUUGGUAACUGAAUCCGGUUUAAUUUUCGUUACAUGACAAUAUGACAUGUUAUAGCAUCGGAAAUUCCAACGUUUAUUUAUGUGACAAUCAAAUAAGUGAUAAAUAA